UAGAUCGGAGCCAUUCCCUUUCAUGAAUUCCUUCGAUUCUUAAACCAUCAAAACCCCAAAAACAGAAAUUUUGCCAAAACAUCACAAAAUGAAUACUUGCCGCGUAUUUUGAUCAUUGCAUGUCUUAUCCGGUUUCGUAUCUGAAAAAAAGAAAGAGAAGGAACUGGGCUUUUUUGUUCUACAGCGUUGUGUUGGUGAUAAUGGGGAACGUGACGUCGGGUAUGGCGGCAAAGUUUGCAUUUUUCCCACCGGAUCCACCGACGUAUGAUGUUCGCCGGGAAGAAAACGGGAGGCUGGCUAUGCCGGGGAUCACAGCUGACAUGAACAUGGAUGUUCAUUUGCUCGACACCAAAGGCAGCAAUAAGAUCGUGGCAAACUUUUGGAGACACCCCAUUGCCAAGUUAACCCUCUUGUAUUCCCACGGCAAUGCCGCUGAUUUGGGCCAAAUGCAUGAACUCUUCAUCGAGCUCAGGAAUCACCUCCGCGUCAAUAUCAUGAGUUACGAUUAUUCAGGAUAUGGAGGAUCAUCUGGCAAGCCAACCGAGCUCAACACAUAUUAUGACAUAGAGGCAGUGUACAAUUGUUUGAAGAAUGAAUACGGGAUUAAGAAAGAAGAUUUGAUAGUAUACGGGCAGUCCGUUGGAAGUGGACCGACCCUACAUUUGGCUUCUCAUUUACAAAGACCAAGGGGGGUUGUUCUUCAUAGUGCCAUUCUUUCAGGCAUUCGAGUCCUUUAUCCUGUCAAGAUGACAUUUUGGUUCGACAUCUUCAAAAACAUAGACAAAAUCCGACGAGUCAACUGUGCGGUUCUGGUUAUACAUGGCAUGAGUGAUGAGAUUGUGGAUUGGUCUCAUGGGAAACGAUUAUGGGAACUUUCAACGGAGAAGUACGAGCCUUUAUGGGUGAAAGGUGGUGGCCAUUGCAACUUGGAGACUUAUCCCGAGUACAUUAAACAUCUUCGCAAAUUCAUAAAUGAUAUGGAGAAGAUUCCCAUUCCGAUCACGAAUCCGGAGAAAGAACUCGAUUCUAAACCGAGUCUGGAAGAAUCUAAACACAGCGGAUGCUUGAGACUUAAGAAAAGGCUAUCUGGACCCAAAAAAGAGGAGCGCGACCGAGAGUUGGGAAGAGGGUAGCAGAUCAUUGUCUCUCCCCUACCAUUCAUCCGGCGCAGCCAUGGUUCUAGAGCUGAUAGGAACCGUAGAUUUUGAAUCAUUUGUGGGCUUUGUUCCAUCAGAAUAUCAGAGAGAGACGUGUGGUUCUGGGUCUAGGGUUUCUUGUAUAAUUUUUACCAAGUGAAAUAUAGAACUUAAAUGAUCCUCGAAAUUUUCCCAGGACUAAUAUUGUCCGAACCUCCAUUGAAGAGGCUCCCAGGUGCAUAAAUUCUUGUGUUUUUUUCCUACCCAAACCGAUUCAUCGUUUCUCAGCAUCUGGAACAGGCUUAGGCUUGAAGACCAAAAUGGCCCAAAGAUUGAGUGCUAUCUCA